AUGCCAUCACAAAUAGGCUUACAUUUCAGUGGAGACUAUACCCGCGUUAAUAUUUCAGAAAAUGUAAGGAGUGAAAGUUGCCGGACGUGUUGGUCCCGGUGUGUGAUUCCUUUCCGUGCCGAACAGUGUCUACCCAUCUCUUUUCCUUCCUGGCCUGCGUGUUGCGCUAGUGACAGGAUCAUGGCUGCCUUCAAGGGGAUCUGGACGCAGGAGUUUUGGCGUUGCGUCGGGGCGGAGUUCCUGGCCAUGAUGAUCUUCGUGCUCCUCAGCCUGGGUUCCACCAUCAACUGGGCGGUUGAGGAGGAGCAUCCACCCCACCCUGACCUGGUCCUCAUCUCCCUUUGCUUCGGACUCAGUAUCGCCACCCUGGUCCAGUGCUUCGGACACAUCAGCGGUGCUCAUAUCAACCCUGCGGUGACCACUGCCAUGGUGGUGACCCGGAGACUCAGCCUGGCAAAGGCUGUGUUUUAUCUGCUGGCCCAGUGUCUGGGGGCCGUGGUGGGGGCGGCUGUGCUCUACGGGGUUACUCCAGGCUCCGUCAGGGGAGAGAUGGGUGUCACAUCAGUGAACACCAGUAUCUCCGUGGGUCACGCUCUGGUGAUAGAAUUCUUCAUCACCUUUGAGCUCGUCUUCACCGUGUUCGCCACCUGUGACUCCAAACGCAGCGACCUGAAGGGCUCGGCUGCCCUGGCCAUCGGCGUCUCUGUCUGCAUUGGACACCUGUUUGCUAUCCCCUUCACUGGUGCCAGUAUGAACCCUGCUCGAUCAUUUGGACCUGCCAUGGUCACCUGGAGCUGGGAGAACCACUGGGUGUACUGGGUAGGCCCAGUGCUGGGCGGUGUGACAGCCGCAACUCUGUAUGAGUACUUGUUCUGUCCCGACCCUGAGCUGAAGAGACGUUAUACUGAGGUCCUUUCCAAGACUGGCUUCACCUCCACCAAAUAUCGAGAGGUCCAGAGCAGCUUAAGGGUAGACCGUGACCAACUGGCCAAAGAACACCCCUUCACCGUGAUGGAUGUGGAGAGAGCUGAACAGAAGGAGAGGGAGAGGUCAGGGGAGGUGCUCUCCUCUGUAUGACUAGUGAGGUGCACUGGGAGAGAAGACCAGACCACUGUACAGUCCCUUAACCCAUACCCUCCCCUCAAAGAGACUGACCUCUUAUAGAGACUGAUCUCUGCUGGACUGACAUCUCUAAUGCUGACCGACCUAAAGACUUUCUCUUAAGACUGACUUGACCUCCUAUGGAAACUGACUUGCUACGCAAACUGACAGUCAAAGACUGUAGACUGACUAUAGACACAACAAUAGACUUGCCUUCUGUAGAGAUAUAGACAGACUUAACACAUACAGCAUACUUCGUAUGUAGACACUUGCAAUAUAGACACAAACACAGACCAACCCCUAGAUAACAUACAGCAGCGGUCCUCCAUUCUCAGUGUACGUGUUCAAAUCUCCACCCUUUCAACUGGGUGCUCCUCUCUUUCUCUUCUUAUCCUUUAUGGCCUGAAUGAUCUAUAUGAGAUGUUUCUCCAAUAGCUAAAAGAUAUUGAUUUACUAAUUUAUGAGUUUAUAUGUAUGUAACAGUGUUGCUUUCAUCCCUCGCCUCACCCCAACCUGGGCUUGAACCAGGGACUCUCUGAACACAUUGACGACAGUCACCUUAGAAACAUCACGAUCUACAGUUGUAGUCAGAAGUUUACAUACACUUUGGAUGGAGCCAUUAGAACUCGUUUUUCAACCACUCCACUAAUUUCUUGUUAACAAACUAUAGUUUUGCCAAGUCGGUUAUGACAUCUACUUUGUGGAUGACACAAUCAAUUUUUCCAACAAUUGUUUACAGUCAGAUUAUUUAACUUAUAAUUCACUGUAUCCCAAUUUCAGUGGGUCAGAAGUUUACAUACACUGAGUUGACUGUGCCUUUAAACAGCUUGGAAAGUUCCAGAAAAUGUUGUCAUGGCUUUAGAAGCUUCUGAUAGGCUAAUUGACAUACUUUUUGUCAAUUGGAGGUGUACCUGUGGAUGUUAUUUCAAGGCCUACCUUCAAACUCAGUGCCUCUUUGCUUGACAUCAUGGGAAAAUCAAAAUAAAUCAGCCAAGACCUCAGAAAAAAGAUUGUAGACCUCCAGAAGACUGGUUCAUCCUUGGGAGCAAUUUCCAAAAGCCUGAAGGUACCACAUUCAUCUGUACAAGCAAUAGUACGCAAGUAUAAACACCAUGGGACCACACAGCCGUCAUAUCGCUCAGGAACAAGACGCGUUCUGUCUCCUAGAGAUGAACGUACUUUGGUGCAAAAAGUGCAAAUCAAUCACAGAACAACAGCAAAGGACCUUGUGAAGAUGCUGGAGGAAACAGGUACAAAAGUAUCUUCAUCCACAGUAAAAUGAGUCCCAUAUUGACCUAAACUUGGGGACAUAGAUUGUACUUUUUGGAGAAAUGUCCUCUGGUCUGAUGAAACAAAAAUAGAACUGUUUGGCAAUAAUGACCAUCUUCAUGUUUGGAGGAAAAAGGGAGAGGCUUGUAAGCCGAAGAACACCACCCCAACCGUGAAACAAGGUGGCAACAUCAUGUUGUGGGGGUGCUUUGCUGCAGGAGGGACUGGUGCACUUCACAAAAUAGAUGGCAUCAUGAGAAUGAAAAUGAUGUGGAUAUAAUGAAACAACAUCUCAAGACAUCAGUCAGGAAGUUAAAGCUUGAUCACAAAUGGGUCUUCCAAAUGGACAAUGACCCCAAGCAUACUUCUAAAGUUGUGACAAAAUGGCCUAAGGACAAUAAAGACAAGGUAUUGGAGUGGCCAUCACAAAGCCCUGACCUCACUCCUAUAGAUAAUUUGUAGGUAGAAUAGAAAAAUUAUUCUGACAUUUCACAUUCUUAAACACUUCUUAGGGCUGCAGUCCCGUUAACGGGAUCGAUAUGACAACAGCCAGUGAAAGUGCGGGGCGCCAAAUUCAAAACAACAGAAAUCUCAUAAUUAAAAUUAAAACAUAUGUGUAUCUUAUACCGUUUUAAAGGUAAUCUUGUUGUUAAUCCCACCACAGUGUCCAAUUUCAAAUAGGCUUUACAUAAAAAUCACCACAAACGAUUGUUAGGUCACCACCAACUCACAGAAAAAUCCUGCCAUUUUUCCAGCCAAAGAGAGGAGUCACAAAAAGCACAAAUGGAGAUAAAAUUAAUCACUAACCUUUGAUGAUCUUCAUCAGAUAACACUCAUAGGACUUCAUGUUACAUAAUACAUGUAUAUUUUGUUUGAUAAAGUUCAUAUUGAUAUUUAAAAAAUCUCAGUAUACAUUAGCGCGUUACGUCCACUAGUUCCAAAAACAUCUGGUGAUAUUGCAGAGAGCCACAUCAUUUUACAGAAAUACUCAUUAUAAAUGUCGAUAAAUACAAUUUUUAUACAUGGAAAUAUAGAUAUACCUCUCCGUAAUGCAACCGCUGUGUCAGAUUUCAAAAAAACUUUACGGAAAAAGCUAACUAUGCAAUAAUCUGAGACAGCACUCAGAAGUAGAAAAAAUGUAUCCACCAUGUUGGAGUCAACAGAAAUCAAAAAUAACACUAUAAAUAUUCCCUUACCUUUGAUGAUCUUCAUCAGAAUGCACUCUCAGGAAUCCUAGUUCGACAAUAAAUGUUUUUUUCGUUCGAUAAUGUCCAUUAUUUAUGUCCAAGUAGCUACUUUUGUUAGUGCGUUUAGUACACAAAUCCGAACGCUCGUGCAGGUCCAGCCGGACGUCCGUCAAAAACUUCAAAACGUUAUGUUACAGGUCGAAGAAACUUGUUAAACUAAGCAUUGAAUCAAUUUUUAGGAUGGUGUUAUCAUACAUUUUCAAUAACGUUCCAACCGGAGAAUUCAAUUGUCUAUAGAAAUACCAUGGAAAGCAAGGUCGCUAUCAUGUGAAAUGCACGUGACCAGGACCUGGCUCUCUGCCAGACCACUGACUCAAAGAGCUCUCAUCCUGCCCCACAAUACUGUAGAAGCCUAAUUCAAGUUUCUAAAGACGGUUGAUAUCUAGUGGAAGCCUUAGGAAGUGCAACAUAACCAAUAUCCCACUGUGUAUUCAAUAGGGCUGGGUUGAAAAUCGACCAACCUCAGAUUUCCCACUUCCUGUUUGGAUUUCUUCUCAGGUUUUGCCUGCCUUUUGAUUUCUGUUAUACUCACAGACAUCAUUCAAACAGUUUUAGAAACUUCAGAGUGUUUUCUAUCCAAUACUAAUAAUAACAUGCAUAUGUUAGCAACUGGGACUGAGGAGCAGGCAGUUUACUCUGGGGACCUCUGGGCACAUUUCAUUAAAGCUACUCAAUACUGCCCCUGCAGCCAUAAGAAGUUAAUUCAAAUAAAGUGCUGAUCCUAACUGACCUAAGACAGGGAAUUUUUUACUUGGAUUAAAUGUCAGGAAUUGUGAAAAACUGAGUUUAAAUGUAUUUGGCUAAGGUGUAUGUAAACUUCCGACUUUAACUGUAUCACUCCACAUAAGCCACAGUCCUUGCAGAGCAAGGGGAACAACUACUUCAAGUUCUCAGAGCAAGUGAUGUCAUCGAUUGAAAUGCCACUAGCGCGCACCACUAUCUAGCUAGCCAAUUCACACUGCUUACAUGUGUGUAUAAGAUGUGGCAGGGAUAAACAAUGUUCAUGAAUAAAGAUUAUUGGAGGUGGGUUGGACAGAUUUA